GCUACAUACACUUCAUGCAUUUAUGUGUGUUAGUAUUGAAUGGGCAAGGCUGCUCUGCAUAAAAUUUCUUUUUUCACAAGAAUGGUCAAGCUGGGUCGGCCAGUGCAAUUUAUUUCUUCUGGAAUCCAUUAAAUUGUUUUGCUACUAGAAACUGGGUUAUACAACAUAUCAUACUUGAAAAGGUUUGCACUCUGUUCAACAAAUUGUCCUUCCCUUCUCAACAAAUUCUCCUUCCCUUUUCAACACAAAACCAGUAUAACUGUCACUAGCACUAAUAUUUCCAGCUUGCGCGAUGUAGUAAUACAGGUUUCCAUAAUCAUCCGUGUCAGACUCUAAGCUGCAUGAGUUAGUCAAAAAGAGCGCUACAGUAUAUCCUCUACUCAUUCUAUUUCAGUGCACACGAAAAGGGAAUCUAGGAGAAAUGCAAAUCUCACAGUGGAAAGUUUUUUGAAUGCUUCAUAUCCCCUUUCACCUGGGAACGGCUUGUUACUCACUGGAAGUAAUAUAAUAGUCGACGGAGAAGAAGCUGGCGAACCCCAUGCGGGACAUCAAGAGGCAGAAGCUCGUCCACAACAGCGCCUCCGAGGCAGUGGACAAAACCGCCGCGGGCGUCCCGGAAUUAAACUCAGAAACUUGGUCUGCAGUAUUUCUGCGUCUUGAUGCCUCGGAUGUGUACAAGUGUCAGUUUUUAUCACCUGUGUGGCGACGUAUCAUCCGGACGCCAGAUUUUGUUGCUAGCUACAGGGACAUGGCCCUCCAAUCGCCCAAUCAAAUGUUUCUUUUUCGGAGCUAUGCGGAUCCAUCUUUAGAUGUCAAUGGCUCUUUGGCCUGCUUCACUGAUAUUUAUGGUCUUAAUGAGACUCCCCAUGGUCAUUGCAUCCUUCGUUCGAGUGAGAUAUUUCUUGCCGAUGGAGCUGACAAUUCUCAUGAAUAUGAUGAUGACAGUACUGAAAUGGAACUGAGUCGUGCUAACCAGGCUUAUUAUAUUCAUGACUCCUGUGAAGGAAUGCUGCUGAUAUCGAUGGGCACCAGAUUGGUGGUCUAUAAUCCGUUUAUCCGUCGGUGGGGGCGUCUCCCGGAGCUUGGGGAUAUCAAGUUGGCAGAGGGUAAAACAAUAUGUGCCUUCUUUGCCACUGGAGAAGCCAACAACAGGGAGUUUAAGAUUCUUUAUCGAUCUACAACUGCCUUCAACAUCUAUUCGCUGAACAGCAAGGCACACAAAGUAGUCCCCCACAUUGAUGAAAUUGGUUCAGGCACUACACCGCUAUCAACUUGUUUGGCAGAUCGUCUCAGCUAUGGUUUUUCUAUGGCAGCUGUCAAGUUUGAGCACUGGUUGUGCUGGUGGGGCCAUCAUACUCACAGCGUAUUGUUUUUUGAUACCAAGACAGAGAAGUUUCAACUUAUUGAUAUUCCAGAGGUUGAUGAAGGACUAACAAUGUUUCAGCUUCUAACUAUGAAAGGGAAGCUUGCUGCUGCUGUGUACAGUUGGAAUCCUGACAACAUUUUUCUUCCAAUUGAACAAUGUCUAAUUGGUUGGCCAAGCUCAACUAUUGAUGUGUGGGUACUUGACGAUAUGGCGACUAGUUUAUGGAGGAAGCAUCUCAGUCUAGAACCACCUAGAACAACUCUUCUAAGGGCCAACAACUAUAUGGGUAACCUCGAAUAUGAUGUCCUUUUAGUCAAUGAUGCUGAAACUGUAUUGCUGCCCUGCAUUGAAGAUCUAUUAGUAUGUGGGCUAGACUGGUCUAUUAGAAAGAAAAUUAGAAAAGACAAUCAUCAUGUGAUUCCACUUUGCAUAUCUAUUGAGCAAGGAUUUGAGACACACUCUUGGCUUGAUCAAACAGAGGUGCCUUUUGUCUUCAGCCAAUCUGAUACUGAUCAAGAUGCAAUUGGAGACUCUUCUGAAGAGAGUUCUGGAGAUGAUGCUGAUGGAGACGGCGAUGGAGAUGAUGAUGACAGUGAUGACGCUGGAGAUGAUGAGAGUCACGAUGACAGUGAUGAGGCUGAUGAUGAUGAUGGUGAUGACGCUGGAGAUGAUGAGAGUCACGAUGACAGUGAUGAGGCUGAUGAGUCUGAUUCACCUCCCUCUAAGAGGAGGAAAUGAUGUACUGUGAGGGAAACUAUCCUUGUUACAAUGGUGUCAACUUGUUAGAGGAAACAAUCCUUGUUAGAGUGUUGUUGACUUGUUAUCCAGCAGUACUAUCCUGGUAAUGAUUGAUUAUCUGCUAUCUAGAUCAUUACCAGGAUAGCCUUGUGUGGGACAAGCCUUGUUAGAAUGAUGUCAACUUGUAGGAAACAAUCCUUUUUAGAAUGUUGUAGACUUGUUAUCCAGUACUAUCCUGGUAAUGAUUAUCUGCUAUCUA